ACGGACGCGGCGAUGGACGAGAUGUGCCAGAUGCUGGUUCCUCCGUGGCAUAGCUGUUUUGGUUCGAGUUCUGCCGAAACAGUUCUCGAUCUCGCUUGCUCCGCUGAGCGAGCAGUCGGACUCAUGCCGCGCUCGGGCGCUGAUGGCGGCUUGCCCGCGGCGAUGGCAGGUGCCGAGUCGCCCGCCAGUGCCCGCAAAAGGCCGGCUGCCACGGCCAGCAGUGCGUGCCCGCCAAAGAGAACGGACCAAGGUGACGACAGCAGCGACGCUCCGCCGGCAGCCAAGCCACAACCGAAGGGAGAAGCUAUGGCAAAAGCAGAGGGACAGGCGCCGGAGCCCGCCGAGGGCAAGGCAAUGGCUGCGCCAGUCGAGCCACCCGCAGACGAGGAGAAGGAAGAUAAGCAGGCCGCGCCCAAGGCCAAGACCCUGCUCGUGGCCAAAAGCACGGCGCCGACAGCGAGCAAGAGCGCGGCAGCCCCGCCCGUCGAGCUGUGCCCUGUCAAGGCCGAGAUCACGGCUGGUGAGCUGAGUGAACUCGAAGCUCACGGGCAUGAAGGCCCCGAAACCCGUGUUUGCGGCGAGGGGCUCGCUGAAGAAAGCCUGCAUCUCCAAGCUCGCGGAUAUGACCGCGGACAAGCUGACUGAUGUUUUUGAUGAUGACUCGCUCGAGAGCCUGCUCAGCUCAUUGGGAACGACUUGAAAGACCAAAUGUCCUAUGCUGCGCGCUAUGUACGUGAAAGGUGCCGCAGGCAGCGCUUCCACCGAGCGCAAGCGAGAGUGGUUGACCAUAUUCAUCAUUGUCCCAAUAAGCGGCGUCUGCACCGCAGGGCAAGACACCACCGUCGGCGGCAGGGGCGAGUCGGAGAGCCUCGCCGAGUGGCUGACAGAGGAGCAGCUCGGAGGGUCAAUGUACUUCAAUUCGCCGCUGCAUGCAUCUAUCAUCAUAAAGUCUUCGGACUGCAGACCGCAUCGCAACGGUCUGCUGGCGGGGGCGGGCGUGAAGGAGUUCAAGUUCUCGAAGGAGAUCCUCAGGGAUAUCCAGUUCAAGGACAACUCUUCGAGCGUGAGUUCGAGUGUGGACGUCGACGCAGAUGCCUGCAGGCAGAUCCAGGGCGCCAUAAUGGGCCGGGCGAUCUCCAGCGCCUUGCCCUUUUCUGACGGCGCGGCAGGGGAACCCGAGAAGGGGCAGAUGGACCGUGAGAGGAAUGAGCGGGCCGCAGCCAAGACCGAGGAGGAGAAGCAGGAGGCAGAGCAGAGCCCGAUGAAGGCAAAGGUCGACGAGGCCGAGGAACUUCUCGACGAGCAGAUCAAGACAGCAAAAGCGUGGGCCCGAAACGUGGGCGACGAGAUGAGGGGGGCCCCAGGGUACCGGCUGGAACUUCAGAGGAAGGGCACCCCGCCAUCGAUGGGCGACUACCUCGCAGAGCAGGGGGGCCAGCACCGACUCAGCAUGGAGAAAUUCGCCAGCGGCAUCUACGCGGAGGCAAAGUCGGUCAAGGGCCGGUCUUCGAACGACCCGCAGGUCUACACCACCAUGCCCAACAAGCUCAAAACUGACCUCGAGAAGGAAACUAUAAAGUUCAACACUUUCAAGAAAUCGACGACGUUGGACCAGAUGCGCAAGAUGAAGGAUUCGUCUUGAGCUGCGUGGCGCAGCGUUGGGCCCGUCGCCAUCUGCCUAGCCGCUAGGCGCAGCGCGCGACGUGCUGCGCGCAGUUUCAAGUUAUCUUGAGACUGGUUGGUCGGGGAGGGAGGCGCGCCGCCGACGAAAACGAA